AUGGCAUAUGUUUCUGGUUCUGCUGCUUUAUCAGAAGCUGAAUAUGAGAUGGUGAAAAACAUCAUCGACAUUAAAGACCUUGAAGAGUUAAGUUUAGCUGAGUGUAGCAUCUACAAUGUUCCUCACAAUCUUAGAAAAGUUAAAGAAGAAGCUUACACUCCUCAACUAAUCUCAAUUGGUCCCAUUCACCUUGAAAAAGAAGAACUUAAACCAAUGCAACAACACAAAAAAAGAUACUUCCAUUUCUUCUGGGAACGUUUAUCUUUAAACAAUCAAGAAUCCAUGAAGAACUACAAACUCUAUCUGGAAAACAAAGAACAAGAAAUAAGAAAGUGUUAUGCAGUGAAAUUCCCUGAUAUCAACAAAGAGAAGUUUGUGGAAACUAUUUUGCUGGAUGCAGUGUUCAUCAUGGAACUUUUGUUAAGAAACAGUUCAUGGAAAUCAGAUACAUCAAAACACGAACACGAUUACGUGCAAUCCAAGUCAUUUAGAUGGAAACACAGUGAUGAUUAUAUUCUAACACAGGCUUGGUUAAGUAAAACAAUUACAAGGGACUUGAUUUUGUUGGAAAAUCAAAUACCUUUCUUUGUGUUGAUGAAUCUUUAUGAAACUGUUGUUCCAGAAGAUGGUAAAAAACAAGCACAUGAUAGUUUUCUUGAUCUUGCACUCGAGUACUUUGCGUUCUACGAUACUCAGAAAUCAUCUUCUCUUGAAACUAAGCUUGUUGUGGAAAAGAAUCAAAGCAAGAAAUAUUUUUAUGUAAGUGGUGUACUUGGUGAUGUUGGUAAGAAAAAACAUUCCGAUAAAUCUUUGAGAAAUAAUAACCCUAAAGAAAAGUUCCAGGUUCAAGGACCUAAGCAUUUCACUGAUUUGAUAAGGUUUUUCUACCUUCCAGCUGAUUUAGGAAAAAGUGGUUGCUCUCAUAGUUUUCCAAGAACAGUCACAAAGUUGACAGAAUCUGGUGUGAGUUUUGAGAAAGUUGUUAGGAGAAGAUUACUUGACAUAACAUUUGAAAAGAAACCAUUUCUGAGUAACUUUCUUUGCUUAGGUUGUUUACCUUCUUUUUCAUGUUUGAAUCAUUUCAAAGCGCGUCUUCGGAUUCCACAGUUGAAGGUUGAUCAUACAACAGAAUGUGUUUUAAGGAAUCUGAUUGCUUUGGAACAGUGUCAGUAUCAAGAACAACCUUAUAUAUGUAACUAUGUGUCACUUGUUGAUUCUCUGAUACACACACAAGUUGAUGUUGAUUUCUUGGUUGAGAAGGAAGUGAUUGUGCAUGAAAUGGGAAGUGAUAAGGAAGUGGCUAUGCUUGUGAAUGGUCUUUGUAAACAUGUUGUGGUGAAUUCGAAUUGUUAUCAUGAGAUUAUAAAUGAUCUGAAUAAGCAUUAUCAGAAUAUUUGGAACCGUACCAUGGCUGCAUUGUGGUUGGUGUAUUUUAGAGAUGCUUGGAGAGCUAGUUCUACUUUGGUUGGGAUUGCUUUUCUUGUUUAUACUGCAUUCAACUUUGUUCGUCUUGCCAAACUCCUCUUCUACUAG